GUCACUUUUUACCGAAUGUCACGAGCAAAACGCGCGGCUAUCGUGAUGAACGAAAACAUAGCUCCGAUACCGUUUCGUAUCUUAAAAUUCUGCGGAUUGUGGCGACCCGUGACCUGGUCCAGCUGGAAAAAGCGAGCGUACUGCAGCUUCACCGCGCUCGUACUCUUCAUGCUCAUCAGCAUGAUGAUGGCUGUUUUUAUCAGAGUCUGUGAGAUGCCCAUGACCGAGGACGUAUUCGCCGAGAAUAUCUUUCUCAUGUUCGCCCUGAUCAAUGCUAUUUUCAAAGCCAUCAACCUCUUGAUCUCGCGUGGACGCUUUAUCAAGUUGCUAAAUAUGAUUCAGAACAAGCGGUGGCAAAAUCUGCGCAACGCCCAGGAGAUCGAGAUUCGCGAGAAAUACAAUAAAACCAUACGGAAGAUAAGCAUUUAUUUUACAAGCGCAGUCUCGAUCGCGAUAGUCCUGCGACUGACAUCGCCACUUUUUGAGCCGAACGACGAGAUAAAAUUACCAGUUGAAAGCUACUGCCCUUGCGACAUUAGCAAUGCCGGCUGCUACUGGGCGAUAUAUUGGCACCAGGCCAUCGGAACCGGCAUCGCGACCCUCACCCACGCCUCCAAGGACAGCCUAAUAUCCGCCCUCCUUCUGAAAACUUGCUUCCAGCUGGAGAUCCUGAAGAAUCGGCUCUUAAGCAUCCCGAAAUUAUGCGCGAGCGCCAAGAGGAGUGACGACGACGAAGACGCGUCCGCUCGCAUCCCAUCCUUAGAAAGCCGAUUGAUAACCGAGUGUGUUCGAGAUCACGAAAGUAUUUUCAAAUUUGCGAACUUGUUGAACGACACUCUCAAUGUCCUGCUGUUUGGGCAACUGGCCGUAACUUUACCUAAUUUAUGCUUGAGCGUCUACCUCAUGUCUAAGCAAAGCAUCGGCGGCAUGGAAUUCAUGAUGACGUUUCAAUUCUUCAUGGCUGUGGUCAUUGAAUUAUACUUUUUCUGCUGGUACGGGAACGAGGUUACGCUAAAUAGUCUUGAAGUUGAGAAUGCUGUGCACGAGAUGGAUUGGACCUCACUGUCAAUAAAAUCUAGAAAAGAGUUAUUAUUCAUAAUGAAGCGAACGUCAAAGCCGAUUCUUUUCAGCGUUGGUCCAAUUAUGAAUAUGAAUAUAGAUUCGUUUUUAAGCAUAAUGAAAACAUCCUACUCUGCCUUUAGUGUCUUGCAGUCUACCGACUCGUAAAAACUC